UGACUGGCUGACUGACGGAUUCUGGAGGAAACAAACAGGAAAGGGAGGAUACAGAUUCGCUCCCCCGUCUUGCCUUCUUUUUUCACACCUCGCUGUCUUGUCGCUCAGCGUGUCAGAGCCGAUGGUUUUCUAGCUGCGUAUAUUCACUCUAGCAUCGGAUUUCCCUCCUCAUUUCUUCAUCCUUGCCUGGCUGUACCGUUGCUGAUCCAUCCCAGCCAUCCUGGGCCGGGCCGUGGGGGUGGUCAGCGAAUCGUAGCUGAAGUUGGCACCCGAGAUGAGCGCCUUGAGACCCGGGAGCGGGGCUCUGUCUCCGCCGCGGAGAGGGUCUGGGUCGUGGUGGUGGUGGUGGGUUGCGGUGGUCGGGGUGGCGGUCGGUUCGGGCGGGUUGUGGAGGUCCGGGGCGGCGUGCCCGUCCUCAUGCUCCUGCAGCGGGACCAGGAUCUCCUGUGUGGACCAGGAGCGGGGUAUCAUGGCUUUCCCCGUCCUGCCGAGCGAGCUGGAGAUGGAGAAUAUUACCGAAAUCUACAUUGCCAACCAGAGCAGCUUCUCCUCUAUUAACGACAAAGACCUGCACCUCUACAAGAAUCUCAGGAACCUAACGGUGACCAACAGCAGACUAACAUACGUAUCGAAGCUGGCCUUUCAGAACAACCUCAAGCUACAGUACCUGAAUCUGAAAGAUAACAACCUGUCAUCACUGUCCUGGAGGAUAUUCAGACACCUCAACAUCUCAUAUCUGAUCUUGUCAGGGAACCCUUUGCGCUGCUCCUGUGAGAAUAUGUGGAUCAAGCUGUGGCUGGGGGAGGAGGCAGACAUACAGGAGCUGCGCUGCAUCGAGGAGGGAGGGGGACGCAAGCCGCUGUCAAAACUCACACUACCUAAUUGUGCGGUUCCCAUGGCAACGCUGAGCCCAUCCAAAGUGACGGUGAGGGAGGGGGCAGAUGUGGUGCUGACCUGUAACACCUCGGGGGUGCCCUCACCUGGACUCAUUUGGAACAUGAGCCCGCUGGUCACCUACUAUGAGAUCCAGACGUCAGGCCAGAUGUCACUGCUGCGUCUGUCCAACGUGUCGUCGCUCGACCACAACAGCAAGAUCACCUGCUCUGCUGAGAACGUCGUGGGAGAGAAGGAGUCCUCCCUGCUGCUGGAUAUCCUUUUUCCUCCCAACAUCACUAAGCUGAGCGAUGCCAUCCCAGACCACCACUGGUGCAUCCCCUUCAGCGUGUCAGGUAACCCGGAGCCGCAGCUACAGUGGCUGCUGAACGGCGAGGUGGUGUUGGAGGGCGAUUACAUCAUGACCAUGAUCCAUGACGUCACGGAGAGAGAGUAUCACGGCUGCCUGCAGCUCGACAGCCCCACACACCUGAACAACGGCCUGUACACGCUGCUGGCCACCAACGAGUAUGGACAAGACCGCAAGGCCGUCAUGGCUCACUUCAUGAUCGACCCCUGGGGAGGAACUGAGACAGAUCCCGUGUAUUACGACCCAACCACAGAUGGCCCCCCUCUGGACCCACCUGAGGACAGAGUCGCUGUGUACGUGGUGGUGGGCAUUGCCGCUGUCGCCUUCACUGGUUUCCUUCUCAUGCUGGUUAUUCUCAAGUUUGGAGGAAACUCCAAGUUUGGCAUCAAAGGACCUUCUUCAGUAAUCAGUAACGACGACGACUCGGCCUCUCCUCUUCAUCACGUGUCCAACGGCAGCAACACUCCUUCCUCCUCCGAGAUGGGACCUGAUGCAGUCAUUAUCGGCAUGACCAAGAUCCCUGUUAUAGAGAACCCUCAGUACUUCAGGAGCACCAACAGCCUGCUCAAAACUGACACUUUUGUCCAGCAUAUUAAGAGACACAACAUUGUUUUGAAGAGAGAGCUGGGAGAAGGAGCCUUCGGCAAAGUCUUCCUAGCCGAGUGCUACAACCUCUCACCUGACCAGGAUAAGAUCCUGGUGGCUGUCAAGACUCUUAAAGAGGCCAGUGAGAAUGCAAGAAAGGAUUUCCACCGUGAGGCUGAGCUGCUGACCAACCUGCAACACGAGCACAUUGUGACUUUCUAUGGCGUCUGUGUGGAGAGCGACCCUCUCAUCAUGGUGUUUGAGUACAUGAAACACGGAGACCUCAACAAGUUCCUCAGGGCCCACGGUCCAGAUGCAGUCCUAAUGGCGGAGGGCCAGACCACCAGACCUGUGGAGCUAACCCAGUCCCAGAUGCUGCACAUCGCCCAGCAAAUAGCAGCUGGCAUGGUUUACCUGGCAUCACAGCACUUUGUGCACCGCGACUUGGCCACCAGGAACUGCCUGGUGGGUGAGAACCUGCUGGUAAAGAUCGGAGACUUUGGCAUGUCCAGAGAUGUCUACAGCACUGACUACUACAGGGUAGGUGUGGGAGGCCACACCAUGUUGCCGAUCCGCUGGAUGCCCCCUGAGAGCAUCAUGUACAGAAAGUUCACCACAGAGAGUGAUGUUUGGAGUCUAGGAGUCGUUCUCUGGGAGAUCUUCACCUAUGGAAAACAACCUUGGUACCAACUCUCCAAUAAUGAGGUGAUAGAGUGUAUAACCCAGGGCAGGGUGUUGCAGCGCCCCAGGACCUGUCCUAAAGAAGUGUACGACCUGAUGCUGGGCUGCUGGCAGAGAGAGCCGCACAUGAGACUUAACAUCAAAGAAAUCCACGGUCUGCUCCUCAACCUGGCCAAGGCCUCGCCUGUGUACCUGGAUAUACUGGGCUGAACGCCGGACGACGAAGGAGAAGCGCAUCGGUUUUGUGUGUUUGUGUGUGUAUGGC